UUAACUUGAUAACAGAGCCAGCUUGGAAUUUAUGGAGAUCUCUGGUAUACUUUGUUCAUUCGCAAGGUUCGUUUUCUGUCUACCCUUUAUUUGAAUAUCUAUAACGCAUUAUCUUCUUCACGGCUAGAUCGUCGGCGGCCUAGCCUAGUACGCUAAGUAUUCUACUGUAUUUUUCUAUUCUGUACUAAAAUCAGUACUUCUUGUGAGCAAAGCUCUUGCCUCGCAGCAUAGCAUCUCUGUUCUUCUUUUGCUUAAUUUCCUUGCUCGAAUACUCAAAUAUCCCGCUUAGAGUCUAUACCGCAUUGCGUUGCAUCAGAAAUCUACCUUAGCUACGGAACUCGUUGCGGACAAAGUAAAAUCCCUAGAUUCACCAAUUAUCCCUAGACAGGAUGUUGUGUUGUGGGGGCGUUCCGGCGUUGGGCGGAACAUAGCCGCCGAAGUCGAAAGUCAGUGAUCGAUCUGAAGUUCGUAGUUAUCGAAUAUCGAAACGGUAAUCUACUUGGGCAUCAAUCAUGGAGUCCAAGUAACGCUGGUUUAUUUUUCUUUUUUGAUUAACUGUUUCGUUUUCGAAUCGACGUUAAUUUUGCCCGAGUCGUAGCAUUUUCAUUAAAUACCAAGUAGGUAUAUAGCGUCUACAAAUCUCAAGAUGAAAAAAUCUCCGCUGAGCACGCCCGGCGGUCAGGGAGGUAACUUCUAUCGCGGCCGUGGUCGGCAAAGAGGUUAUGGUCACAAUCAAAUGAGGAACAACAACGACAAUUAUCACCGGUUUCCUGGACCAAACAACGCUGGGAACUAUCAAUUCGAAGGCAAUAUGAUUCCUUUGGAGACGAGCUCUCCCACGUUUUAUCAUAAUAAUCGAGGAAACAGACGACAACCAAACGAGAGACACAACCAGCGGUUUUCCAACACUGGCAUAUCUGGUAGUUAUAACCAGGGUUAUAACAAUCACAGAAAUAAUUUCCAAGCCAAUUCAGGAAGCCCAUACACGCCUCAAAAGUUUCAGAGGAAUAAGCAGUUCAGACCGAACGACCCAUACUCGCAUAGAAAAAUACCAAUUUCAGAGUUUGUUGAUUUAAAAAGCAUGUUUGAGGAUCCAUGGGCAGAGUUAAUGGCAGAUUUAAAGAAAAAAAGAAAUGUUCAAGAAGCUACAACUGUAGCGAAUGACAGUUCAAUUGAGAUUAUAUGUGAAAAAUACCCACGUGAAGAUUCCUCUUCAGCUAGUACGUCAGAUGGAGCUACUAUAAAUAUUAGUAGUAGCUAUGAAGUUAAAGAAGGUAGUUCUGUAGAUUUACCUCUAGAAAGCAUGAAUUUCAAUCAAUCGAAAGAUAGUAGUAUUUUAAGUGGUGAUGUGACAUCCCAAGACGAUGAAUCUUUUAGUGAAAAAGCUAAUCAAUCUGAGGAUUCUUCCGUUAUUAUGUUGAAUUGAAAUUUUAUAUUAUAUUGUACAGUCUAUAGGGAUAAUAUUGUGCAAAUAUUCUCUAAUGUACAUAGACUUUUAUUUUCAUUUAUUGAAUGCAGGUUGUGCAUUCUAUUUAUUCUAAAUUCAAAAGAUAAUGCAAGAAAUACAUAUGAUACUUGUGCAAUUGAAAACUUAAAAUUUUCAACUUUAGAAAAAUUAAUGUACUUUUCACAAACAGUGCAUGAUUUAAUGUUUUAAUUUCUUCAUGCAACGAUGUAAAUAGUCUAAUUUUGUAAUGUAACAAUUUCAAAGAUAUUGAUUCUAAGCGAGAAUAAAUAAGAUUUUUAUAUAAAAGAACUUUUGUUAUAUUGUUUAUCUUAUUUGAGAAAAGACAAAGGUGAAAUCAAAUACCUUGUAAGGCAUCAUAAUCAGUUGUUCAUGAUGAACCUAUGUUGAUCCGUACUACCCUUGAGUAUUCGAGGAACCUCGGAUCAGAUUUAUUGUGUAUUGGAGAGGAGUGUUAAUUUUGCUUUAAAAAAUCUAACCCAUUCAUCCAUUUUCAAAGCUCUAUACAUUUCAGAAAUAUUUUUGAGUAAUACAACGUAGAAAUUUUGUAAUCGAUACCAUACCUAACAGCAUAAAUAUUAGGAAAAUCGAAAAUUUGGCAAGACUUACCGUACGCUGUACCUAUAGGAAUUUAAAAUGAGCUUCAAAAUAUCGCAUUUUAAUAGAGGUUGCCAGGGAGAUAACUACUAUUGCUACUGCGCAUGGUCGGCAAAUGGGCUUUAGUUACAAUCAGACGUGGGAAAGAUAUCGACGGUUUUCUGCGACGCGCAAAACCGACAAUGCGGAAUACAGAGUAGUACCUUCGGACACAAGUUCUUUUGAGUAGAAUUCAAACGUUGGACAAUGUAUUAUUUAGAACAAUAUAAAUUAGACACCUGUACAAUAAUCUUCCAAGUAUUAUUCUUACUCAGAAAAAUGAGCUCUACUGUUAUCGUAUUGUUCCAUCUUUUCGAGUCUCUGUCCAGUGAAUAUAGGUGGCACAAGGUUGCUUUUCUAUUUCCUCAACGCUAUCUACGAACUCAGUGCAUUAUAUAGCUGUGUUGAGCUGCGCAUGGUAUAACUGCCCGAUUUUACUGAUUUUGAUUACAACUUUGUGAAAUUAUGAUUAUUAUAAUAUCGCACUUUCUAUCGUUAAAAUAUAAUGCUAGCAAAAAAUUAAAUUUUGUCUGAAAGAAUUAAGGUGAAGAACAAUUGGGAAUAAUAAGAACAAAAAUUCUAAAACUACAGCACACGCGAGUCUCAGAGGCGUGUGUAUUAUGUAUUAUGUACAAUAAAUAAGGCGAAAUAAAAUUGAAAUAUUGUAUUUGUCAUAAACAUUUUUAUACAUAAUAUGUAAUUUGUUUAGAUCGUUCAGUUAUACAAACAAAGGAGUUAUUGAACAAUAGCAAAAAAGAUAAAGAGAAGAAGAUGGAGGAGACUUGUCACAUACUUUAUACAUGGAUAUCUUACAAGCUAUUACAAGGAGAUUUACAGCGACAUAAAUUAAUUAAUCAUGACAAUAUAAUAAUAUUGAGGUUGGCUCAUUUUCCUUACAGUGACAUACGUAUGUUACAUGUAAUCAAAAUGCAUUAUACUUCCAAUUUUUAUUUCAUCUAAAUUAUACAAUUCAUAUAGGAAUUGCAGGCUACAGUUAAUUAUACACAAGGAGUUGAGAAUUAGAAUUCGUAUAUAGGGUAAUAAUAUACAGGCGCGAUGAUGCGAGUGCUUUUUUCGUCUGAGUCAAAAAUUACGCGCAUGUCGCCUUGGAUAAUUUAUACAAAUCUAGAACGCCUGGUGCAAGCUAAUAGAGUAUCGCUAAAAGUUAUAAUCGUUUACUAAUAUAGAGGUGGUGUGUCGGCACAAGUCGAUCGACGCUUCAAAGGGUUGAUGCUCUACUAUACAGGACAAAAGCAGAUAACGGUAAUCUAAAGAACUGCUACGUAAGAAUUGUAAUUAUAAGGCUGGUAAGGCUAGUUUCGUCGAAGGAAGUUAUAUAGCUAUAUCUACACUUACACGAUUUCGUACGCAUAUAGUACAUUACGAUACGUGUGACUUAUGGUUCUUUUUUACACGGCGCAGUUAGCACCCGAGCGCAGCGAGGGCGCUAAGCGCCGUGUAAAAAAGGACCACUUAAGUCAAGAGUAUCGUAUAAAAUUUUAUAGCACAGACUGCUAAAAUCCGCAAGUCUCGCCUAUUCGUGACUAAAGUAGUCCUUAUUUGCACCAUGCGUAGCCAGUGUGAUAAACACGGUGCAAAAAAGGACUGCUUUAGUCACAGAUAGGCGUGACUUAACAGCGGAUUUUAGCCACACUGUUCUAUAAAUAUAAUUUAUAAUAUAAGGUAAAGAUUUCUAAGAUUUAAGGCUAGUUGUUGUUUUGUCUGGUAAUCGGAUUAUUUCGUCGAAUUACCGUGCGUCGAAUUUUAAGUGCAAGGCAAGUCUGUGUAUUUACAUGAUCUCGCAGUAUUUUCUUUUUCUUUUAGAAACGUACAUAUUAUAAUAGGCAAACUAUAAUCGUGUUAUGCUCAUGUCGAAAGUAGGAUGCAUCGGAGAUGUUUCUUUACAAAUUAUAAUAAAAUGCAGCUUUUAUUCGUAGAGCAAGUUCUCCGUUGAUUUGAACGUACAUACAUCUGUACAAGAUUCUGCAUGUUUCUAUGCACCGAUGACGAUGAUAAAGAGAAACGCAUCAUAUCUAUGAUGAUAAAAAAAAGAAAAAUCGAUCGGGUGACUUCGUUUUCGUUUCUCAUCAGAUAGUUAGAUAGAGAGAGAUAAGUCAAUGUCGACCUUGAGACUUUUUCGCGCUCGUCCCAAGUUAAGCGACGUCGGGUUUCAUUGACUAGCCGCACUUGAAUAAUUGAUCGCCGACCAACGCAAUCAAUAUGUGAAGCCGUUUGAUUCACCGCGUGUGUGGCACAAGGUUCGCUUCACGCGUCACAGAAUGCAAUGCGCGAUACUGCCGAAUCGGAGCUAUUUCGUCGUAUGCGAGUUUUAUCAGUCCACGCGCUCUGACUAGUUAUCUUUCAUUCGUCCCUUUUAUUCGUCGCGAGCGAGCGAGGAAAGCACGACAUGUACGAGAGAGAUAUAUCUAUAUACCUGCAUUUCAUUGCCAGUCGAAGUGGAACAUCAGAUACUAAUCAGAGCUUUCUCCCUUUGCAGACGUCGAUGCGUGAAUUGUUGAGAAGGUGUUCGUUUGGGUUUGUUGAGAAUUUAUUGUUUUUGGUUCUUGCUUUUGAAUGAUUUUCAUUACAUAGUUUUUUACUAUAUUAUGCGAGUAUUGACUUUACAAAGACGACGCACUGAAUAGGAGUAUAGAAUUUGCUGCUUUAGCCGAAUUGUUUUAGUUGGUUAUACACACGUUAAUUAAGAUUUCGUAAUUCUUAAGUAUUUUCAAAGACAAAACCCGUACUUGUGUCGUAUCGUCAUAAUAGCAUUGGUCCCGUUGGAAAGUAUCAGUGUUGAAAUAUUUGAAAAGUUUUCUUCUUGCUAGAAAUUUUACUUUAGUUCUAAAAAACGUAUGUACAAAGUUAAAACGUUUAAUUGCUGUAAUUUAAAUUUACGAAUUGUGAUUUUUCAUCACUGAAAAAAAAUCUGAAAAAGUUUGAUUACUUGAAGGUUCUACUUGAUACAUAGAUCGAUUAUUAAAGCAUAAAGUUUUUGACGUCUUUAGUCUAUAAAAUACCGUAAAGAAUUAUGUCUGGCUUCCAUUUUUAUGAAAUAUUGAUAGAAAACGUCGAUAUAAGAAUUAAGCAUUAGCGAUGUGUUCCAACAUUGUUACAAAUAAUAACAUUAUGUAAUUCGUAAUUUACAUAAAUAUAUGAACGUCGAUCCAAGUACUAUAGUGUUCUCUUUUAUAGCCGUAUUUAUUAUGAAAUAUACGUAUAAUACGUUACACGUAUGUAUCUACUGUCAAACCCAAUUUGCUUAAUUUGGCGCGUGUGUAUAGAUGCGCGUAUUUCACAUGAAUUUAUUCUAUAUUAUACGCAGAGCAAACCAGACAGUUAUUGGUCCUCUGCGCAUUCGGUGGUCGGUUCAUAAAUAAUUAAUCGAUUCCGUCCAAUAUAACUAUAUCUAACAUCUCUAUAAUGCUGCUCGAGCACCGGAAUUUCAUCGAAUCAUCUGUUUGAUGUUACAAAUUAUACAACAAUAACUGUCUCACGACAUAUUUAUUUGAGAAAAUAGAUCCUUUUUUUAUUCAAUUUAUCUUAUAUCGUCCGUAUUGUGUACAUUUCAUAAAUAUUGAAUCCUUUUUUGUUGUGCGAAAUCGUUUAUCUGUUUUCUAUUAUUUUCAAUGUUAUAGAUAUUGAAGUUAUAUUUAUAAUUCAAUAACAUCUUAAUUUUCUUGCUAGCGUCAUUGGAAUUUACACUGUAUUAAAGUCAUUUUAUCAUUAAUUUUAUACCAAUAUAAUUUUAUCAGUAAACGGACAUUGAGAUCAACGUCAUAUAUUUAUUUAUAUAAUGUGAGGAACACUAAAUACUUUAUGCUAUUAUCUUUACUAUUUCAAAAUUGUAUUUAAUUCUAAACUCCAAAUAACUUUUAGAGAUCUUUAAUCUUUGCGUCUCAUAUAUAAUUGAUACUACAAUUAACAUUCACAAUGAUGGUUUAUUUAUUUUCUUUUAUUCAUAUAUUUGAGGCAUCAUUUAAUAGUUUAACUUGUAAUUCACGAAAUUUAUACUAUGUCAUUACAGUACGGUUUGGUAUAUUCAAAUGGAUAUAAGUUCAUUGAUGUAAAUCUCAUUACAGUUACACUUACAUAUGUAAAAUAUUUUAGAAUUACGGUAUUGAAAUAAAAAAUAAAUCGUGAUGUAUAUUGGUUCGGUUACUCAAAAAAUAUCCUUUUCAUAAUUUUCGUAUUGCUACAUUUUAUUUCUUAAAAGGAGAUAUUGUUGUACAUUUUGUAAAAAUUGAAAUAGUUUUAUUGAAUUAUAUAAGUUUAAUCUUACAAUGAGACACCUUGUAUCAAUAGAGAAGGUCUCACGUAGUUUUACAUCAAUGUACUCUGUUUUCUAUUUUGUAAUCUCGUAUAUAAUAUUUAUUUCUCUGGACGUUGAUCUAUCUACGUCGGUAAUUGAAAGACACGUCUAUACAUCGACAUAAUUCCUACACUGAUGUAUACUCAAUGGACUUCGUUGUAAAUAUAUUUAUAGUCAAGAAAGUCGAAAACACGUUAUGUUACACGCUACUUUAUAUUCUAUAUAAAGAUAUGAGCAUUUAUUAAUUCGUAAAGUCUUAUAAAUCGUUCGAGUAUUAAAACUUAAUCAAUAAUUUUGUAUACGAUUCCAUAUGUAUAAUAAUAAUUUAUACUUGACGGAUUGGUCGAUGAUAGCACAUAUAAAAUUAUGAUAUGAUGAAAUUUUCAUUUUCUACGACGUAUCUCUUACGCCAUUUUUUUUGGAGUACACGUAAUAAUUAUACACGACUGGACUAUUUUAUAAUUUUUUAAAUCUCGGAUGUUUUCAUUUUAUGACCCCGUUUGAAAUCAAAUAUUGCUUCUCUCGACUAUAAUAUCAGUUUUUAGCGUCUUAGUUUUAAGCUAUCCUUAGAAAUUGAGCUUAUUGAGAAUAGUAAUCGGCGAUUUUGCAUCAUGGAAAAAUCUUACAGAUUUUUCGAAAAAUAUCAUUAUACUUACUAGAGAUAGUAUUUCUUAAACAACAAUAAGAAAUCAAGAAAUCAAAUCUCAGUUCCCAAUACGGUCUUCUGAAUUGGUAAAAAAUUAUACUGUAUAUGCCACUUGCAUAUCUUCUUUAGGACACACGGUAUUGUAUAUUAGCUUGUUAUUAUUUUUUCCGCGUAUUAUAACGCAAUGUAUCUAUCUUAACAGCUAUGAUGUAUGUACGGUAUUUAUGACUUCGUCGAAUAAUUGAGUUGUGUUUUUGAUGAUAAGUCACCCAGCGUAUAGAUGUUAUGAUAUGAAAGUAUAGAAAAAAAUGUAUAUGAAAAUUUACAAGUUUAUACGUGUGACAGAAAGAUGUUACAAAGGAACUAAAAGAAUUUUUAAGGAUCUCAGUGCAUACACUUGCGAGUAUUUUAAAACGUCGGGAAAAAGUAAUUUACCGGUUUGCACACGUUUGAUUCUCUUUUCAUGCCGGAGGCUGAAGAAAUUCACUGUAACGCUUUGACGUUUUCCUGGCAAUUGAAAAACAAAAGUCAAAGUUAAUGGAGAAUGAAAGCGUUCAUGCAUGUAGCGUACGACUGUACGCGAGAUGAAAGAGAUCGAUCGCUGUUAUUUUAUGUACAUGUGCUUGAUACCUUGUCAAAGGGACUUCUCUCUUUUCCAUCGUGUUUAUAAUAAAAAUAUAUCAACUGUAUUUUAUCUCGUUCUCUAAAACACGAGCCAUGCACACAUUUUCUAAUUACUCCUCUCCAUUCCAAUCGAGGCAUUAUUCCUGAAUAUUAUAUGGGUAGCGUAUCGGACUUUGCACUGUAUAGAC